AUGGACGACCCCUCCUCCGCCUCCUCGGCGUCGAAGGACAAUGCCGGUCCUGGCUCCAUGCCCACGUCGCAUUCGCACCAGCAACAGCAUCAGCAUCAGCAUCAGCCUAGUGAUGGUGGCAGCGCUCCACUACAACCGCCAGUAGUCGCUACCGCUGCGUCCAUCGCGAGACCACAUGGUCACGAGCUUCCCUUCGUCACGCCCUCAUCCUACCUUCGACCAAGACCGCCCUCUGUGCUUCGCAAAAUGCCUGAAAAGCCCCCGAGCCCCCUCGAUAAGGACCAGAUGCAGGGUCUGAGAGCGAUCCGCGACUUCCUCAAGGUUCGAACCAGCUACGACGUCCUGCCGCUCUCCUUCCGCCUCAUCGUCCUCGACAAUGACCUCUUGAUCAAGAAGAGUCUCAACAUCCUCAUUCAAAAUGCAAUCGUUUCCGCGCCGCUAUGGGACUCGCAUAAUUCCACCUUCGCUGGCUUGUUAACAGCUACCGACUUUAUAAACGUGAUCCAGUACUACUGCCAGUUCCCUGACGAGAUGAGCAAGCUGGAGCAGUUUCGCCUGAGCAGCCUGAGAGAUAUCGAAAAGGCAAUCGGUGUCUCUCCGCUCGAAACAGUAUCCGUCAACCCCAUGAGACCACUUUACGAGGCCUGCCGUCGCAUGCUCAAAACCCGCGCGCGCCGAAUCCCUCUGAUCGACGUGGAUGACGAAACAGGCCGCGAACUGGUAGUCAGCGUCAUCACUCAGUAUAGAAUUCUCAAGUUCAUCGCCGUCAACAACGAACACAACACCGUGCUUAUGAAGAAGUCACUCAAGGAGAUUGGUCUCGGCACGUACAAGAACCUGGCAACGGCCAAAAUGGACGAUUCCGUUCUCGACGUUGUUGACUUGAUGGUAAAGCAUAACAUCUCGUGUGUUCCCAUCGUCGACAAGCACAAGCGCGUCCUUAACGUUUUCGAGGCCGUCGACAUUAUUCCAUGUAUCAAGGGCGGCGCAUAUGAGGAGCUUCGGUCCAGUGUCGGCGAGGCACUGUGCAUGAGGCCGGACGAUUCUCCUGGAAUCUACACGUGCGGCCCCGACGACAGGCUAGACUCCAUCUUUGACACGGUUCGCAAGUCGAGGGUGCACCGUCUGAUCGUAGUAGACGACGAGAAUCGGCUUGUGGGUGUCAUUUCACUGUCUGAUAUCCUCAAGUACGUUCUCCUUUUCGGAGAGGAGGACGAUACCAACUGA